GGAAGCAGAUUCACUGUGCUGAGAGAAGAGCAUGAGGCUCAUUAUCAAAACUGCAGGAACGAGUGGAGGAUCCUGUUUUCAUGAGCGUUUUUAUGUCUGAAUACAUCAGGAAAUAUUCAACCACAGUCAACGUCUGAACCAUGAGCAAACGAAAACUGAGUCUAAAGUGGCUCGGGAGCCUCACCAAUAUCGCCAUCCGCCGCACGCCAGAGAAGGCCAACAUCAAGGCAGUCCCAGAGCAUGAUGGGAGCCUCUGUGGUGUCAAAUCGGCAUCGGUGGGGGACCAGUCGGUGGAUGACAUGGAGUCCUGCCCCCAGAGCCCCGGCUACGCCCGCUCCAGCGACAUGUACACUCAUGUGGGCACCAUACCCCGCAGCGAGAGGCAGAAGAAGAGCUGCAAGGGGCUGAAGGAGAAGAAGAAGAAAGAGGAGAAGGAGGAGGAGGAGGAGGAGGAGGAGGAGGGGGUGAGUGGAGGGCAGAGCCAGUGGAAGGCGGGGGAACACGUCCGAGACUCCCCCCUGCUCAGCGCCCUGUCCAGCCUCAGUUUGACCAGUCUGGACCGGCCUCUGCCUCGGCCGCUGCCCAGCACCCCGACACCCAGCCGGGCUUCACCUUUGACCUCAGCGCCUCAAAGCUGCCUCAGAGAUCCUUCAGGAGACCUCAUUAAAAACCAAGAGGCGCUGUCAGGGAGCCAGGAUGCUUUAGAAACUGCUCGACUUGUAAAGAGUCUGUCAAACAUGGCGACUAACGGCCCCAAAGUGGUUUCAGCUCAGGAUCUGUACGUGCCCAUGGACCCGAUCACUGAAGCAACUCGCAACCACGUGGACGACCAGAAAGACAGGCAGCGGAGAAUAACACAGGAAACCAAAAACCACGUGAAUGUCAUGCAGGAAGUGGCGGGUCUUGACAGCCAGCACGACGUGGCAGACAGCAGCGGAGAAUAUGUGAAGUUCUCCAAAGAGAAGUUCUGGUUGGAGCCGCCGUCAGAGACACAGAGGAAGCAGCUGGAGGAGGAGCUGAAGCUGAGCGGCACGAACCUGAAGAGCCACGCCUGGUACCACGGACACAUCCCCUGGGAGGUGUCAGAGAGCCUGGUGUUGAACCACGGAGACUUCCUCAUCAGAGACUCUCAGUCCAGUCAGGGCGACUUCGUCCUCACCAGUCACUGGGAGCAGAAAACACUUCACUUCCUCAUCAGGAAGUCAGUGGUUCAGUCCAGUGAGACGUACACCCGGGUCCGGUACAGCCUGGAGGGCGAGGCCUUUGACUCCUUACCGGCCCUUGUUCACUUCUAUGUGGGCAGCAGGGCGGUUCUGACCCGGUGGAGCGGGGCUCAGAUUCACCGGCCUGUGAACAGGACGCUGCCGCUCAGCUACCUGGAGACGGCCUUCUGCACCGCCGUCAGCACGGGUGGAGAGGCGAGGGUCUGUCCGAGGAGUCCGUCCUCGCUCCACCACAGGGAGGCAGAUGUUAACAGUGAACAGGACGAACAGACUCUGCUGACUGCUGGAGAAUCCUUUCUCUCUCCUCCCUACAGCAACAACACCCCACAGUCAAGAAGCCCUUGCAGUAGCCGUGCAGCCAGCGUGGCUCCAUCCCCGGCCCUCUCCAGGCGCUCGGAUACAACCCAAUCCACCCAACCCUCCCCGAACAGCACCCUCCACAGACAGUAUAACAACAUAUCCCAGCCUCAUCUGAACCAGGACUCCCCUUCUUCUGAAACUGAUGGAAGCUGCUACACAGAGCUGUACCCCGGCCCUCAGAGCUACGUGGAGAGGCUGCGGGUGGAGGAAGUGUCAGUGGGCGUCGAUCCACUGAGGGUGGAGGAUGGGAAUGUGCACUUCUCACCAGUGGUGGAGACGGUUUCUUCUUUCAAACCGAGCAGGUACCAGUCGCCGCUAAUGCCCAAGGAGAAUAAGCCUCUGGAGGUGGGCAUUCUGCGGAGGGUGAAGGAGCUUCUGGCCGAGAUCGACCCCAGGACGGCAGCCAAACAUAUCACCAAGGCUGACUGCAUGGUGGCCAGAAUUCUGGAGGUGACUCCAGAGGUGCAAAGGAUGAUGGGAGUUCACUCUGGGAUGGAGCUGCUCACGUUGCCACAUGGACAACAGCUGAGACUGGAUCUGCUGGAGAGGUUUCAGACCAUGGCGAUCAUGUUGGCUGUGGAUGUGUUGGGCUGCACAGGGACGACUGAGGAGCGAGCCGGUCUGCUUCAUAAAAUCAUCCAAAUCGCUGCUGAGCUCAAGAGCACCAUGGGCAACAUGUUCGGCUUCGCUGCCGUCAUGAGAGCCUUGGAGCUGCCGCAGGUGUCCCGUCUGGAGCAGACCUGGAUGGCGUUACGGCAGCGACACACAGAGGGCGCCAUUCUCUACGAGAAAACUCUGAGGCCGUUCAUGAAGAGCCUGAACGACGGGAGAGAAAGCUGUCCUCUGUCCAACACCACCUUCCCCCACGUCCUCCCCCUCCUGUCUCUGCUGGAGAAGAGUGUGGCGGUGGGUGAGGGGACAGAGCCGUGGGAGACGGUGGAAGUUGGCGUGGAUGUGGUCAUGUUCCACCUGGGAGCGGCGAGGACCAUCGCACAGCUGGGGGGCAUCUACCGGUCCAACGCUGAGAGCAAACUGCAAGGUUUCCAGGAGCAGGCCGAGGUCCUGGAGCUCUUCCUGACUGACUUCCAGAUGAGGCUGCUGUGGGGGAGCAGGGGAGCCACGGAGAACCAGGCUCUGCGAUACUCCAAGUUUGACCAGGUGCUGACAGCCUUGUCCAACAAGCUGGAGCCUCCUGUCAGAUCGCAGUGAAACACACGCCUGUUUUUACUAACUGUUUAUCCUGGAUGACACUGAGCAGCUCCUCCUAGCAGUUUGGGGUUCUGAUGCCUUGCUCAAGGACAGCUGGAAGGUCAUUAAAAAGGGAGACUGGGACAUAUAUGGCAUCGCAGCUCCUGCUUUGGUGUACAUUUACAAACUCCUCAUCUCUGUCUCACGUGGCACUAAAUGUGCUCUGAACUGAGGACCUGUGCCGCUUCAGCAUCCUUUGUUUAAGAUGUUUAGGAGGACUUAUCAGAGGACUUUAUCUGUCCCACUGUGAACCAAAAUGUGAACAUAAGAUAUGAGUGUAAAUAUGUGGUACUGUAUCCGGCUCUGUUGUGGUACGGUGCUUUUGUUCUGCAGGAAAAACAAACUGUGUCACAAGAAGCCAGCGAUCCGUUUUGAUGAAAACAGUGAGAUGAGGCUGAGCCUCAGUCUGUUUGGUUAAUGUAUAGAAAUGUUUUUAUGUCUGAAGGCUGGACCUUCCCUAAAUCUACAAGAGUACCGACUCUGUGUCAUAUCAUACAACCCAGUAACAGAAUAACAUGUAUAAUUACAGUUUUUAUAAUUACAGUUUUUGUAUGAUGUUAAUUGUACUGUGUUAAUCAUUAGGAUUUUCUAAUUUGAAGUCAAUAUUUAAUGUAAUAUGAGAUUAGAUGACUGGUGCUGGAGUCAGUUCAGAACUUCUUUAUUCUUCUCGUUUCCAUUAUCAUCAUCAUCACUGUGUGAAGUGAAGGUGAACUGACCAUGAGCACAGAGGGACACAACAUUUCUAUGACUGUACAUAGUAUUAAUGUCUAAUAUUUAUCUGAAAUGUAAAUAAACAUGUUUUCCUCACUGUCAA